AUGAUGGAUGACCUUUUUCCACUCACCACCAAAUCAAAAGCACCCAAUAUUAGUAUUAUGUCUUCUCCAGAACCAAGAGUCGUAAAGCGACCAAGAACUCAGUCUGAACCCCCUCCAAGUCUUCCUCAAGUCAUCGCAGAACAGCAUGUUCCUAUACCUUCAACCGACAAAGAUUCGCAAAGAUUGAUUGUCGUUCUCUCUAAUGCCAGUCUCGAAACCUAUAAACAAUCUUCGGGUGGUGGAAGACCUGGCGCUCGUGCCGCAGAGGAAAAAUACUCUCUUCUCAACAGUGAUGAGCACAUUGGUAUUAUGCGCAAGAUGAAUCGAGACAUCAGUGAUGCCCGACCUGAUAUUACACAUCAGUGUCUUCUCACCCUCCUCGACUCGCCGAUCAACAAAGCCGGCCGACUCCAAAUCUACAUUCAUACCGCCAAGGGAGUUCUCAUUGAGGUCAGCCCAACGGUCCGAAUUCCACGUACCUUUAAGCGUUUUGCCGGUCUGAUGGUCCAACUCUUACAUCGCCUCUCUAUCCGAUCUGUCAACUCUCAAGAAAAACUCCUCAAGGUUAUUACGAACCCGAUCACCGACCACCUACCUCCCAAUUGCCGAAAAGUUACAUUGAGUUUCGAAUCACAAUUGGUCCGUGUUCGGGAUUAUGUGGAGACAUUGGAGCCGAAGGAGAGCAUUUGUGUAUUUGUUGGUGCCAUGGCAAAGGGAACAGACAACUUUGCAGAUGAUCUAGUGGAUGAGAAGAUCUCCAUUAGUAACUACAGUCUUUCUGCAAGUGUGGCAUGCAGCAAAUUCUGCCACGCUGCAGAGGAUGCAUGGGAUAUUAUUUAG